CUGUUUAUAGUUCAUCAUGGUUAACUAAAGUUGUGUGUGACGUGUGUUCCAUAGUCAAAGAGGAUUCACAUCAGCUUUAAUGGAGGUGCUUUUGAUUUGUCUACAUAGAUCUGAUGGUUUAUGAAUAUCUAAGAGCUCUAUGUGGCAUGCAAAUUUAAUUCUUCGUGUGUUCUUUUUUGUGUUCAUAGACGUUUUCUACGUAGCCUUGUUAUGCUUUUCUUAAGUUGUACAUUUUGCACUUGCAGAACACAGGGAUUUCUAGCUCUAUUCACCGGUGACACUGGCGAAAUUCGUGCUGAGGUCAGGGAGCAAAUCGGCACUAAGGUAGCAGAAUGGAGGGAAGAAGGGAAAGCAGAGAUUGUGCCCGGUGUCCUGUUCAUUGAUGAAGUCCACAUGCUCGAUAUCGAGUGCUUCUCUUUCUUAAACCGUGCUCUCGAGAACGAGAUGUCUCCCAUACUAGUUGUGGCCACCAACAGAGGGAUCACCACAAUUAGAGGCACAAAUUACAAAUCUCCGCAUGGAAUUCCAAUAGACCUGCUCGACCGCCUUCUUAUUAUCACCACCCAACCUUACUCGAAAGAUGAAAUCCACAAGAUAUUGGAUAUUAGGUGCCAAGAAGAAGAGGUGGAUAUGUCUGAGGAAGCAAAGGCACUGCUCACCCAUAUAGGUGGAGAAACAUCGUUAAGAUAUGCCAUCCAUCUCAUUACUGCAGCUGCAUUAGCAUGCCUGAAGCGGAAAGGAAAGCUUGUGGAGAGUGAAGACAUUACCAGAGUUUACAAUCUGUUCCUGGACGUGAAGAGAUCAGCACAGUACUUGAUGGAGUAUCAGAAUGAGUACAUGUUCAGUGAAGCCCCUGUAGCAGGCGAGGAAGAUGAUGCCAGUGCAAUGGUUCCUUGAAAUCUGAAACAUUCUGCUUUUGCAGCUGGUCUAUCCGGUGACAUGAGGAGCAAACACUCUGUGAAUGAAUUGUUAACAGGGAU